AUUUCCACUACGUUGUUGGAGUGGUGUGUUUUUGUUUUUUCCUUCCUUAAUCUUCGUUCUCCAUUUUCAUCUUAAUAUUCUUAAAAUUAGAAGAAGAAAAAUGUAAACACAGGCAACGACGACGAAGGCAGCAGGAACAACGUCUCGAAGAUAAGAAAUAGAAACUCUUUAAAGAGCAGCCGAGGAGAUGAUGAAACGAAAUUGUUUGUUUUGAGAAAAAUGUUUAUCAGUACUUUGUGCAACUCGAGUCGGUAUCGGGUUCGGGUCGUGAGGAAGCGACAAGCAAUUGACGUCUCUGUUCGCGAAUAAAGUAGGGCCGUGCCCGUCUUAUUAUUAUAUGUGUUGUUUGUCUGAUAAAUUUGAUAUCAUCUUAAGAUCUCAAGCCAUAUCAAGCCAAAGUAGAGCAGAGACAAUCGAACCCGUCUUAUCAGUCAUUCAGUGAAGUACCAAAACACCCAACGCGCCGCAGCCGCUUCGCAUUCGUAGAGUGUUUUUUCUAGCUCAUCUGCCAAAGUGGCAAUUUGCCUGCCGCCGACCAGUCAUACAUCUAAACUGCUCCACAGAACGACGACGAUUAAGUUCCUAGCGUGCUAGCCUGGCAGAAGAUAGUUUGUGCAGUUAUUUUACUUGAUAUUAUGUUUUGAUUUCAAUUGAUUAUUUGCAUUUUGUUUAUUCUCUUGAGCUGUGCUUAAAGCCUUCUGAUCUGUCGGUGUGUUGUUGGUCUGAAGAGUGAUAUUUCAAACCUGUUUUAAAGUUCAUUAUUGAGUGUAUAAAUCGUAGUGCAUUAAUUUUCAAUUGAAUUGCCUGAGGCUUGACAGAUAAAUAAUAAACGUCAAUUAUGAGUGAAAAUACUGCCACCUGUGUGACAGUGAAAGAAUUAAAUGAAUCACAUGGGUGCUAUUCUCGACUGCAAGAACUUCGAAAGUUCUAUGUUAAAGAGUUCGACGAAGAACCCAAAUUCUAUGUUCGAGUUCCAGGGAGAGUUAAUAUAAUUGGAGAACAUGUAGAUUAUUGCGGAUAUCCGGUUCUACCGAUGGCAAUUGAGCAAUCUAUUCUUCUAGCAGUGGGCUUCACCAAGGCGAAUAACUUCUUGUACUUGCGAAAUAUUGAUGUAAUUUUCGAUAAUUACAAAUGCGACCUUAAAUCAUUCAGGAUUGACAUCCCUGAAAAGGGUGGUCCAGAAUGGUACAAAUACUACUUAUGUGGAGUAAAAGGCAUUUUCGAAAAUAUGAACAUAAACGACUCGGGCUCAAUCGGAAUGUAUGUUGCAUUAAGUGGCAACAUUCCCCAUGGUUCAGGACUCUCUAGCUCAAGCGCAUUAGUUAGCUCUGCAACCCUCGCAACUUCUUUCGUAUACAAAACCUCACUCAAUCGUAAAAUGCUUGCAUCUGUAUCGGCAAGUUGUGAACGUUAUAUCGGAACCCAAGGAGGUGGAAUGGAUCAAGCUAUUGCAUACCUAGCCGAGGCAGGUUGUGCACAAUUUAUUGAAUUUUAUCCUGAGCUCAAAACCACAUCCAUACAAUUGCCGCCGAAUGCAUGCUUCGUCGUUGCCAAUAGUCUUGCCGAAAAAAAUAAAGCUGCUUCGUCGGACUUUAACGAGAGGGUUGUAGAAUGCCGUUUGGGAUGCCGGAUCCUUGCCAAACGAAUGAAUUUCGAAAACUGGAAGAAUAUACUAAGAUUUGCUGAACUACAAAAUGCACUAAACUGCCAUCUAGAUGAACUCGAAGCUAUGGCGUCGAAGAUAUUAUCCAAAGAUAUUUAUACCCGAGAAGAUAUUCUACAGGAACUGCAAGUUUCUGAGAAAGAAUUCGAAAAUGACUGCCUUACACCAAACACACGUAAAAUGAGCCACUUCAAAUUACGGCAAAGAGCCCUUCACGUUAUCCAAGAAUCACUUAGAGUGCAGAUAUUCCGUUCAACUUGUGAGGCAACAAUGACGUGGGGAAAAGUCGACACUCUUUCCAAACUCAUGCAAGAGUCACAUCAAAGUUUAAAACACCUCUAUGAAUGCUCGCACCCGAGUUUGGACAGAUUGAUUGAAAUAUCAGAGGAAGCUGGUGUGGGAGCACGUUUAACAGGUGCAGGUUGGGGUGGAUGCAUUGUGGCUUUGUGUGAGUCUAUUGAGUCAUCCAAGAAAUACAUUGAACUACUCAAGAUGAAAUAUUAUUCGAAGUUAUCGAAAGUUGAUGAAAGCAAUUUGGAAAAUGUAGUUUUCGCAACUUUUCCACAAAAUGGUGCUGAGAUAUUAGUAAUGGCAUGUGCCAGAGAUAUUCCCUCGAAAAUAUAGAAUAUUUAGAUGAAUUUAUAGAACAAUGAGGAUAUUAUAAAUGGUAUUAAAUUUUUCAAAAAAGUUAUCAACUAAAUAUGUGUACUGUAUAUCAGAUAUUUUUUUUAAUAGUUUAAUUGAAUUAUACGAAACUUAAGAAAU